CAGAAAAAACUUGUAGCAAUGCCAGAUCACACAGAUGUAUCACUAACCCCAGAGGAGCGAGUUCGGGCCCUCAGCAAGCUAGGCUGUAAUAUCACCAUCAAUGAAGACAUCACGCCCAGGCGCUACUUUCGGUCUGGAGUGGAGAUGGAAAGAAUGGCCUCUGUGUAUUUGGAUGAAGGAAAUCUUGAAAAUGCAUUUGUUCUCUACAACAAGUUUAUCACGCUAUUUGUUGAGAAACUGCCUCUCCACAGAGACUACCAGCAAUGUGAAAUCCCAGAAAAACAAGAUAUAUUAAAGAAAUUAAAAGAGAUUGCAUUUCCAAGAACAGAUGAUCUUAAGAAAGAACUUUUGAAAAAAUAUAACUUAGAAUACCAAGAAUAUAUGCAAGGCGUAAACAAGAGGAAGGCAGAAUGUCUGAAGAAAAUGGAGCAGCAGCAGCUUAUAGAGGCAGAAAAAAAGCGAGUGGCCCAGCUACGGCAGCAGCAGAUAGAGACUGAACAAUUCACCUUCUUUGAGGACCAGCUUAGAAAACAAGAUCAGAUCCGAGACCAGCAAAAAACUAAAGACAGCCUUACAGAUAAAGUCCCUGAGCAGACUGAUGGUAGCGCAAUGACUUGUUGUCCCUCUCCUAAAACCCAUCCAACAUGCAAUGUUCUUUCUGGAAAAGCUGGAAGGAAUGACGCAGCCGCAUAUGCUGGUCAAUCACCUCCUAUAAACAGAGCCUUAAAGCCAGCAGCCACUCUAAGUGCCGUUCAGAAUGAAAUUGUGGAAGGCCUCCGAAUGGUUGUGUUCUACCCAAAGAUCUUUCUCAAAAAUUUUUGCAGUUGGCGGAUGCAAAUACCACCCGAGGAAUUGAGACAUGUGGGAUUCUUUGUGGCAAGCUGACACACGAUGAGUUCAUCAUUACACACGUAAUUGUACCAAAGCAGUCUGCAGGUCCAGACUAUUGUGACAUGGAGAAUGUGGAAGAAUUAUUUAAUGUACAAGAUCAGCACAAUCUACUUACAUUGGGUUGGAUUCAUACACAUCCGACCCAAACGGCUUUCCUGUCCAGUGUUGAUCUUCACACUCACUGCUCCUAUCAGCUCAUGCUACCUGAAGCCAUUGCUAUUGUUUGUUCCCCAAAGCACAAUGACACUGGAAUAUUUCGACUUACUAAUGCUGGCAUGCUGGAAGUGUCUGCUUGUAAGAAGAAAGGUUUUCAUCCUCACAGCAAAGAGCCCAAACCAUUUCAAUGUUUGCAGACACGUGAUUGUAAAAGAUGUGAAAAUUACAGUUCUGGAUCUGAGGUGA